AUGAAAUAUUUUUUUGUUUUGUUUAUUUUAGUUUUUUUUUCACUUGGGUUUAAUCCACAUAUAUUAGCUUUAAGAGAUAGUAAUGAAAAUUUUAAAUCAAUAAAUAAAGGAAAUUUUUUUGCAAAUGACUUAAAAAAUUACAAGGAUGAACUUGAUUCACAGAUAAAUAAUUUUAAAAAAAAUGAAGAGUUACCAAAUGAAGUAGAUUUUCAAUUAAAAGAAUUGAAUGAUUUAUUAAACAUUGUAAGAGACACACAAAAUGCACAAAAGGAUGAGUUAAUGAAAUUUUCUAAUUCAUUAGAGCAAACAAAAUUAUCAUUAUUAAAAAUGUUAAGUGAAUAUGAAAACAGAAUUGAUCAAUUAGAAUACGAUAUUAUGGAGAUAAAAAAAUUUGAUCCAUAUAUAGAAAAAUUUAAUUAUCCCAUAUCAAAAUAUUGGUUAAAAAUAGAUUUUAAUAAUCUAAAAUCAUAUUGGAAAUUUCAAAAAAAUAAAAAUUAUAUUUCAAUUAUCCAAGAAAUUGAUUCAAUAAGUUUGAAAAAACCAUCAACUAUUUUAUUACUAAAACAUCAUAAACUAAUGGAUGGUUAUAUUAAUGUUGAUUUGCUUGAAAAACCCUCAAAUUUGUCUAAAAUAAAUCAGUCUUCAUCGGGAAUUAUUUUUAAUUUUAUAAAUGCACAAAAUUAUAGAUUUAUCGAAUUAUCUUUUUUAAAUAACCAAUCAUUAAUUAUUGUAAAUGAAGUGGUAAAUGAUUCCUAUAAGAAAAUAAUUUCAAAGAGUGUAGAAGCGGUCGAAAAUGAAUUUAAUUCUUUAACAUGUGAAUUUCUUGAUAGAAAAAUAAAUAUAUUUUUUAAUUAUAAAAAAAUAAUAGAAAUAAAUGUAACAAAUUCAGAUGCUAAAAACACCAUAGGAUUAUUUACAAAGAUAGGUACAUCGGCAUUUAAAAAUAUAUUAAGUGGAAACAUAUAUUUUGAAAAACAUUUAAAACAUAAACUUUUAAACUCAGAUGAUAAAGAUAUUUCAAAAAUUAUUUUAAAUGAUUCAUAUCGAUUCUCUAAGAAAAUUUCUAGAGAUGAUUUAAGUGUGUAUAGAAUACCAUAUGCUAAUAAAGAUUAUGAUAACCAUGCAGAUGAGGAAAUUUAUAAUGUCUAUCCUGUCCCUGAUUCUAAUUCUUAUUAUGAAGAAAAAAACGUAACAUUUGAUAAUUUAAAUAAAGACGAUAUAGAGCAAAAAAAAGAAGAGUUAUGUAAUAACUAUUCUAAUAAUGAAUUUUAUUUAAAUGAAUGGUUAAGUAAUAAUACCCUUUAUAAUUGGAGAGUUGAUAAUGAAUUUGGUAUUAAUAGAGUUUCUGUUUUAGGUGAUUAUAAAAAUUCUAUUUCUAAAGCUUCAUUAGUUUAUAGAUAUAGUUCAUGCAAUUCAGUAAAUUUGUCGGCUUAUGUAAAAUUAGAAUAUAAUAGUGAAGCUGGAUUGCUCUUUAGAUAUGACAAUAGGGAGAAUAUGUAUAUUGUAACAAUUUCAACAAAAAAUAAAGAAAUAAUUUUAAAAAAAUAUAAAAAUAACAAAGAAACAGUUAUUAGAAGUGAAUAUAUUAAAAAUAUAAAUUCUUUUCAACGACAUCAUAUAUUAAUAUAUGAUGAAGGGGAAAAAGGAAAUAUAAAUAUAUUCUUAGAUGAUUCUAAAAUAUUUUUUAUAAAUAAUGAACCUUAUUAUAAAUCUGGUUUAUUUGGUUUUUAUGUUGAAUAUGGAUAUUCUACGUUUGAUACAUUUAAAAUUUAUAAGAAAGAAGAAAAAAAAAAUUAA